AUGAGAUUUACAAGGAUCUACAAGAGCUUGACUUCACAAGUGCCUAAUAUCCUGGUCAAAAAGGAUAGCCUGAAAAAGGAGAAACAGAUAUAUGUUGAUCCAAUUUCAUUACGAGAUUCAUCCAUGGGAGAAAUAAGCUUCAACAUGAUGUUGCCACCUCCGUUGUUCCCCGCAAAGCACAAGUUCUUAAGCUAUAGCCUUCCCAACUCUGCAACUUCCUCCCCUAGAUUCAGCUCCAUUUCGUCAAGGAAGAACUCGAAAACCGAAAGCCAAGCAUCGCCUCAGAAGAACAGCCAGUUUUUGAAAAGCAAGUCUUGUGGGGAUGGAAGAACAUGUGCAGCAUCAGAUGAAGUUGAUGAUCUUUGGCUGUACAGGAAGUAUCGACAUGGAAGUUUAAUCUCCAAUCCCGAUGUAAUUAACAAUGGCGGUCAUCGUGAGGAGAUGGAUGGUAAUGAAGUUGAGUUCAAAUGCAGUGCCCUUUGCUUGUUUGUACCAGGGUUUAACAAGGCGAAGCAAGUAAGGCCUACAAAAGAUGCAAUGAUGAUGGAGAAUAAUAAUAAUGCGAUAUCAAAAACAGUUUCCCUGGAGAAAUUUGAAUGCGGAUCCUGGGCUUCAUCAACAAUAAUACCAGACCCUGAUGUUGAUGAUGGUGACUCCAUGAAUCUCUACUUCGAUCUUCCGUUGGAGUUGAUUAAAAACCUUGGGAACGAUUCGGAUUUACCGGUUUCGACUGCUUUCGUGUUCGAUAAUAAGGAUGUAAAAGGAGUUUUGAAAAAUGGUUCGACUCAAACAAGAUCAAAAGGCAGGAAAUUCCACGAAUCAUCAUCAUCGAGGCAUGUCAGGUUCUCUACAUCGUCUCCCACAUCGUACCCUGCCUCGCCAGCUUCUUGCAUAACGCCUCGUUUGCGUAAGGCUAGGGCCGAUUUUAAUGUUCUCCUAGAAGCACAAAGUGCAUGA